UGUUUGUUUGGAGAGUCGAAUCACGUGGUGGUGGUACUGCGCUUGAAAUAGCUUUUUACAUGUAUCUUCCUUUUCCGCAUGGUCAUUCGGGUUGCUGAACUGGUACCUUCAAAAUGUCUCUAUACGGGAUCCAUGUUUUUGUGUUUGCUUUGGUAUUCUUGUUUGCGUUGAGUGGCUCGUUUUCAAUGCCCAAAGUUGUUUCCAAAUCCGUGCGUGAAAACGGUGCAAAAGAUAAAACAACAAUGUCCUUUUCCUGGGACUAUCUUCUCUUUGUGAACCAGUGGCCAGAGAGUUUCUGCAUGUACUAUAAUGCAUCACACAAGCAUAACAACAAUGAUGCACAGAAAUGCAUUAUUCCGACAGCUGUUUCAACUUGGACUAUCCAUGGCUUAUGGCCCUCAAAGGUUGGCACUGAAGGACCAAGUAAUUGCAACAAAAGUUGGCCAUUCCAGCUGAAUGAAAUUGAAGAUCUUAUUCCUAUCAUGAACAAAACCUGGCCUGAUCUACUGGAAGGAGGUACUUAUUGGAAUCUUUGGUCACAUGAAUGGUGUAAGCAUGGCACGUGUGCAGCUAGUCUCCCAGAACUUUCUGGAGAACAUAAAUAUUUUCAGACGUCACUCCAACUGAAACAACAAAUCCACAUUGACAAAAUCUUGAGUAACAGUGGCAUCAUUCCAUCAUCUACUCACAAAUAUACUCUUGAGGAAAUCGAGCAGGCUGUUAAGAAUGGUACAGGUGGAACUCCAAUCCUUGAGUGCUACCAAGAAAGAGAAAACUCUGAGUUUCGGCAAUACAUACAGGAGAUUCGCUUGUGUUUGGAUAAGUCGCUCAAGCCCUUUGACUGUCCUAAGUCUAAUCAGUUUGCACACUUGACGUCUGCAUAUGAUAGCCCAUGUUCAUCCAAGACUUUGAUUGCAUUGCCUGCAAUCAAGUCAAGGAAUAAGUUUCUGUAGAAGUAACCACUGAUCCAGCAAGCUAUGGAUGAGGCAAUUCUAGAGGAAAUAAGAAUUUGACUUGGAUUCUGUUGCCCUGUAAUCUGACGUCAGAGUAUCAGGCUAGCUCUGUGUAAAAUUGCAAAAAUGUACACAUGUAGCAGUGCUCAAUAAUAUAAGUUACAAUUCGUUAAAUGGUUAAGUAGUCAACUUAUAUUAAAGACAUACACAAUGGGUUCUUUCCAGCAAUCCCACCAAUGGCUUCUGUAGGUUCAUUUACUCAAGACUGUAAGUAAUAAGUGGGAGUACUAAAACAAUACAGGAAAUAACAAAUACAUGUGCCUGUAAAUGUAAUUUAAAUUACAUUCAAUGUUGAUCUUUUAAUUAUUUUUAUCGCACAUGCUCUUAAUUUGUUGCUAAAUUGAACAGUAAUUGUCUUUCAGCUCUACAAGUACACUUACCCUUGUCAGAAUUCUGUCCCCUUUCGGGACAAAGAAAUACAUUUGGGCUUACCUUUAUUCUUUUGUUUUAUUUUCACUGAUUAUUUUUCUGUUUCUGUCCUCUGCUUUUAGUUUUUGUUUCUUUAUCCUUUUCGUUUCAUUUUCAUGCUUUUGUAUAUUCUGGACUUGAGAGCACUUUUUUCAUUGUGUAAAUUCCAAACCUUUCAGAAGCUUAAGAUUGAAUCCUGGUUUGGCCAAAAUUACUCUAAUAGAUCAGAACUUGGUGAGCAGCCAUGUCACUGGUGGUACAUUCCAAAUUUGUCAUUUCAGAGGGCUUGGGGUUUGAUUCCAAGAAAAAUGGAUUGAAAGAUCAGGGAUAUCACAAAGCUGGCUUUCAUUUUAGUGUCUUUUAUCAAUAAUCAUUCUUAGUAACAUUAGCCAAGUAUCCUAAGAAGUUCUUGAGUUAAUUUUGCAAUAAUUUACAUGUUUUUGUCAUAAUGUCAGACUUGUUGGCAGUAGAGCACUAUGCACUAUACUUCAUGAUUUCCCACUGAUUUUUUUUUCUUCAUGUUGCAGGACCUUGAGGGACAAAAGGGUUUGUAUUGAUUGCAUUUAUGUGUUGGGAAUGUUAUGUAGGAAAGUGUUUGCAAUUAAUGUAUAUGGAACAAGUGUGUCUUCACAAAGUAUCACACUGAUUCUUUGAAAAGCUUGUUCUGUGGUGUUGCCGAGGUCUCCAUAACAAGUCUGUUCAAAAGGGCUCUGAUAUUUGUUUGUGGGUUAAAAAAAAGUUGGACCUAAUAACAGUCAUGCUGGUAAGGGUACAUCUGUGGCCAUUAUUUUAGUAUUACUGUGUAAAUGCAUAGAUGUACGUUUCUUGGUCUUUGGUUGAACCAUAUGUAUUAUUAUAAUACAUGUAAACAAAAUUAUGCAAAUGAUCUUUUCAUUUGCUCAUGAUGCUAAUGACAGUGUGACAUGAUUUUUAAUUCCAGAAAUGUUGGAUUUUUCAACUUUUAAUUUUGGUUUGAUUGAGUCUUUUGUUCUAGGGACACAGUGGAUUGUCAGCAAAAGCUGUGCAGUGAAGUGUGAAAGGAACCAUAUAACAAUUGACUAUUUGUGUGGUGAAAUGUUUAAAGUCUAAAACUGAUAUUGUAUGCAAUUUCAAAAGUGUUGAGAAUGAUACUCAUGAUUUUAAUACCAAUCUUUUGAGUACCAGUAUUUCAUCGAAUGGUAACACUAAGUUUUGUACAUGUUUCAAAAUGUACAUUAUUUUGUUUUAUUACUCAUGACUUUACUGUAUUUUUGCUCAGGAAAUGUAUACCCUUUGUAGUACUGUUUACACCAUUUUGCUUUUUAAAUUAUAAUAUUAGAUAAAUACAGAUAUAA